AUACUGGUUUUAUUCAAAGUUAAAAACGUUAUAGCAAGCAGACCAUGUGCAAACUGCUGAAAUUAACCAAGGUGUUGGCCAGUCACAGACUCUGGGUUGUGUUUGUUGUCACCUGUAAGUUAAUGUUUAUUUCCAUCAUGCUUUGUUGGAGAAUCACCUGGGAUGUCAAAGACCAGAGUCGGCUCUACAGCUUCCCUACAGGGUUUCAGUGUCCUCUCUCUGUGCCUCCUCCCGGUCCUGCAUCCGUGGCCAAUUUCCUGUUUAUGUGCUCUGUUGAAUUCGCAGCUAGGUUUCACCCGGAAUCCAAAAUUAUUGUCCUUAAGAAGGGCUUGGCAAAGCACAAUAUUACCUCACUAAAGCACUUGGGCAUUUCCUUGCUCAGUUGCUUCACCAACAUUGAAAUCAAACCUUUGGACAUGAAGGACUUCUCUCAUACUCCCCUGGCUGGCUGGUAUUUGCUUGCCCAACAGAGGUGGGAACCUUAUUUCUUGCCCAUUCUCUCUGAUGCCUGCAGAAUAGCCACCGUGUGGAAAUGUGGUGGAAUCUACUUAGAUACAGAUUUCAUUGUUCUUAAGAGCUUGAAAAACCUCACCAAUGUGCUUGGCCCCCAGUCAAAAUAUUUACUGAAUGGGGCUUUCCUCCCUUUUGCACCAAGACACCAGUUCAUAGAGCUCUGUAUGCGAGACUUUAUGGCAAAUUACAGCCGGUGGAUCUGGGGACACCAGGGCCCACCACAGCUCCUCACCCGUGUUUUGAAGAAGUGGUGCUCCAUCCAGAGCCUCUGGAGCAGCCAAGGUUGCAGAGGUGUCUCUCUUCUCCCACAGGAAGCUUUUUAUCCCAUCUGCUGGCAGGACUGGAGAAAGUAUUUUGAAGUGAUCAAAGCUUCAGAGAUUUCUGAGCUGUUGAAAAAUACCUGUGCAGUCCAUGUCUGGAAUAAGAAAAGUCAAGGUGUUCAGCUUGAGAGAACCUCUAACGCAUUACUAGCUCGGCUGCAUUUCCAUUACUGUCCUUCAGCCUAUGGGCUAAUGAAGAGCUAUCACUGAAAGGAGAUGUCCUUGCAGAAUUCUCUUACAGGUAAAGACAAAAGUGAGCUCAGCUCUUCAGCCAUCUGUCCGUGUCUGAACUUACGGAAGACGACAUUGCCAUAAAGCCGUUGCUGUCAGCUGAAGCUUUCAAAGAACAAAACCAAACAAAACAGGUGGAUUUGAAGCAGAGAGCCACCCGCUGUAAAUCACUCUGGUGUGAGUGCUUGUGCAAGGGACUGGAAUGGACAUGGAAUGAUGAAAAAGACCAGUGGUUCCAGCCUCUCAUGGGGUACAGACAGUAACAGGACCCACUCUUUAGGGACAUUAAUUGGGUCUUACUAUCAUGUCGUAAGCAUUUAGAGGUGAAAUUGUGCGUCAUGUGGCAUCUCCUUUGAUUAGGUAUCGUUUAUCCUACUUGCUUACACUUGAUCAUCUCUGUAUUCCAUGAGAGGCUGA